UGGUUUUGCAGAUCAAAUGGGGAAAGCCUAUGGAAAUUUAUGUAGACGACGAGGCCAAGUUGACCCUUCAUGGUCUUGUGCAGCACUACAUCAAAUCGAGUGAACUGGAGAAAAAGCGCAAGUUGAAUGACCUCCUUGAUGCAUUGGACUUCAACCAAGUCGUCAUCUUUGUCAAAAGUGUGAACCGAGCAGCUGAGUUAAACAAGUUACUUGUGGAGUGCAAUUUUCCUUCUAUAUGCAUCCACUCUGGCAUGUCCCAGGAAGAAAGGUUAACUCGCUACAAGGGUUUUAAGGAGGGGCAUAAAAGAAUUCUUGUGGCUACAGAGUUGGUUGGAAGGGGAAUUGACAUUGAACGUGUUAACAUCGUCAUCAACUAUGACAUGCCGGAUUCUGCCGAUACAUACCUGCACAGGGUUGGUAGAGCUGGCCGGUUUGGCACCAAGGGUCUUGCAAUUACAUUUGUUUCAUCUGCUUCAGAUUCUGAAGUGCUCAAUCAGGUCCAGGAGAGGUUCGAGGUGGAUAUACUGAGCAGAUUGAUACCUCUACUUACAGAAUGGCAACUUUCUCCGACCCCGAAGUGUCCGACCUCGACGUGUCCGGACCAGGACCGUGGCUAG